UGUGUCUGACAUAUGAGUAUAUAUAAGCACAUUCAGUUCGACAAUAUCUCUCGCUAACUGCACAGAUAGAUAGAGAGGGAUGGAUCAAGAGGACAUUGAGAAGAAAGGAGAGGGAAGUGGGAAGAAGAGUAUAAUGACGGAGAGAGAGAAUAGUAACUUUGGUAUGAGAGGUCAAAUGCUGAGGAAAAUUAUGGGCAACUUGCAAGAAGUUAUCUUCGGCACCAAGCUUGCCGUGCUUUUUCCGGCCGUCCCUCUCGCCGUUGCCGCCGAUACCUAUCAUUUUGGACGAGCGUGGAUCUUUGCUCUGAGCUUACUUGGGCUGGCCCCUCUAGCUGAACGUGUCAGCUUUCUCACUGAACAAAUCGCAUAUUACACUGGCCCCACAGUUGGAGGGCUUUUGAAUGCCACAUGUGGGAAUGCGACUGAGAUGAUAAUAGCACUAUUGGCACUUCGCAAGAACAAAAUCAACGUUGUCAAGUUCUCUCUUUUGGGUUCCAUUCUCUCUAACCUCCUCUUGGUUCUUGGCUCUUCACUUCUCUGUGGAGGCCUUGCCAACCUAAAGAAAGAACAAAGAUAUGACCGAAAACAGGCAGAUGUAAACUCACUCCUUUUGCUUUUGGGGUUGCUUUGCCAUUUGCUGCCAUUGAUCUUUAAGUAUGCCCUAGCAGGGGACCAUUAUCCUAUAGCCACCAGUACUCUUCAAUUGUCAAGAGCAAGUAGCAUUGUUAUGCUUCUUGCUUAUGUUGCUUAUAUCUUCUUCCAAUUGAAAACUCACAGACAGAUAUUUGAUUCACAGGAGGAAGAUGAGGAAGAAGAGAAGGCAACAAUAGGAUUUUGGGUAGCAUUUACGUGGCUGGUGGCCAUGACACUGCUCAUAUCUUUGCUUUCUGAAUAUGUUGUGGGGACUAUUGAGGCUGCUUCAGAUUCUUGGGGUAUUUCUGUAAGCUUCAUUAGCAUAAUUUUGCUCCCAAUUGUGGGGAAUGCUGCAGAACAUGCUGGUUCAAUCAUAUUUGCUUUUAAGAACAAGCUGGAUAUAUCGCUUGGUGUUGCUAUGGGAUCUGCAACCCAAAUUUCUAUGUUUGUGGUUCCAUUAAGUGUGAUUGUUGCAUGGAUAAUGGGUGUGCGAAUGGACCUAGAUUUUAAUCUCCUAGAAACUGGGUGUCUUGCGCUGACCAUAAUAGUCACAGCUUUCACUUUGCAGGAUGGAACUUCACACUAUAUGAAAGGAGUGGUGCUUACCCUUUGCUACUUUGUCAUUGCUGCAUGCUUUUUUGUUCAUAAAGUUCCAUUAGCCAAUCAAAUUCCUGGAGGGAAUGUUAGAUUUCAACCAUCUGUGAAUGCCAUGGCCACUUGACUUGAUUAGUGGCUUAAUUCACUUCUUGGCAGCUGCAGAAAGCUAAGAAAAUCCAAGACGUCACCGUUUUAUGGAUUUCAGAGAUAAUGAGAACUUCUUUUCACUUGGAAGUGGAGAGUUUGGAUGCCACUACUUUAUGCUUCAAAUUGCGACAUUUUCAGACUCAGGUGUUGAGCUCCAUCACAAACCAAAAAAAAAAAGGUUAAUUAUACAAUAGGAUCCAAAGAAGGCUCUGUGUAGUACUUUCUUUGUAAUAAUAAGGUUUCACUCUUGACUUUUGGGGUUCAAAAUAACGCUCGUACGCUCUUUCCCUUUUUGUUUAAUCUUCCUGUGAGGAUCAUUUUUCAUGUACUUAAUUUACUAAAGAAAAAGAAAUAAAUAAAUCCCUUGUCACAUUGAAUUUA